AUGGUCUGGUUGGACACUGCGUCCACGGCAGGUACGUGGGUCGCUGUAUUCCUCGCUCCUCUCGCUCUGAGGGGUCUUUUUCGGACCGUUCUUCAUAUAGAGAGCAAGCCAGACGGAAAGGCAUCAAGCACUCGACAAAUUGGAGAAAGGAGAAGCUGA